AUGGCGAACCGGAAGUACAAAACCGUAUCCCAAGCUAAAGAAGCACGUAGAAAGUGCAAUAGAAUAGCACAGCAAAAAUAUAGAGAGAAGCUAAGGAUGCAGAGACUGGCUCCCCAUGCUUCGCCUUCAGGCAGCACGAUGAGGGAAAAUGUGGAAGAAGAAGUGUCGAAUGCAGUCGGACCUCUAGAGGCAAGCGUAGAAGAAGCCGUGGCCGAGGAUGUUCAAGACGAGAGCAGAGAACCAGAUUCAAUCAGUCUAACACCUACUCCGUUGGAGCGCGUGGCUGGUAUCGACCACGCUAUUGAGGAGCUCCUAGUCAGUGUCGAAGACGCAUCCGUUCGGCAAUCUUUAAAAGAUCCGAUUGCGCACGUCGAACUUAAGCUCAAAGGUCUCGUCGACCGGGUGCACCAACCACGGCAAACUGCUACGGAACAAGGUGCAUCUAUUGAGCCAAGCAUCCAUUAUAAUCCGCAUCAGUCGGCCAGAGACUUUAUCAAAGCGCAUAAUAUGCGGGCGGAUGUGAUUAGCUCACUCAGUGCGCAGGUGUAUAGGUACCGUGCCCAGCACAUAAUUCAAGCAGAAAUCAAGCAUCUCAGUGCACAAGUGGAGAGAGCCAUGGGACAGGUAAUCUGA